AUGGCACUAUUUGAGGCUCUAUAUGAAAAAAGGUGUAGAAUCCCUAUCUGUUAUGAUCAUGUAUUCCUGAGAGUGUCACACACUAUACGUGUGGGGCGAGCAUUAAGGGCCAAGAAGUUAACGCCUAAGUUCAUAGGAUCGUAUCAAAUAUUACAUCAUAGAGGACCUGUAGAUUAUGAAUUAGCAUUAUCACCUCAGUUAUCAGGACUGCAUAAUAUUUUUCAUGUGUCGCAGCUGAGGAAGUAUGUUCCUGAUCCGUCUCAUGUAAUCAAGCCUGAUGCUGUGGAGAUACGAGAUGAUUUGUUAGUGGAGGUCCCAGCUACUUGUCUUGAGGACACUAAAGUUAAGGAGCUUAGAGGCAAGUUUAUUCAAUUAGUAAAGGUUGUUUAG